AUGGCAGAAUCAGAGCUUGCCCCCAAAUUUGCUCCCUUUAUUGGGAUGGCCGGAAUUGCAGCUGCAAUGAUCUUCGGAUGUAUUGGAGCUGCCUACGGCACAGCGAAGUCCGGCAUUGGCAUUGCUGGUGUCGGUACUUUUCGACCAGAUCUCAUCAUGAAGUGUCUAAUUCCAGUCGUUAUGUCCGGUAUCAUCGCCGUCUACUCGCUAGUCAUCUCCGUCCUCAUCGCUGAGGAUCUCGAUCCUUCCAAGAACUACAGCUUGUUUUCGGGCUUUAUGCAUCUCGGAUGUGGUAUUGCAGUCGGCAUGACUGGUCUUGCCGCUGGUUACUGUAUCGGAAUUGUUGGCGACACUGGUGUUCGUGCCUAUAUGGAACAGUCCAGGAUCUUCGUCGGCAUGGUCCUGAUUCUUAUUUUCGGCGAGGUUCUUGGUCUCUACGGCCUCAUUGUUGCCCUGAUUCUUAACACCAAGAGCAAGGGUUGA